AUGGCAGACUCGACGGCCCCAGGCGCUGCGCCUGCAGAUGAGCCUGGCCAGCCCCCGAAGUUGACGACGAGCGCCCUAGCGGACCAAGCCCCAGGACAGAGCAUGGCACAGCGAAUUACCCCCUUCGAGGUUUCUGGAGGCGUGGACGAGAGUGGAAAGUUGCUCCCAGUAGACUACGAGAAACUCACACGAGAGUUCGGUGCAACGCCCAUCAACACAGAGUUGAUUGAACGAUUCGAACGAGUUACUGGCAAGAGAGCGCACAGAUUCAUGCGGAGAGGCAUUGUCUUCUCGCAUCGAGAUCUAGGGAAGAUUUUGGACAGAUAUGAGAAAGGCGAACCCUUCUACCUCUACACUGGUCGUGGACCUAGCAGCGACAGCAUGCACGUCGGCCAUGCAGUCCCUUUUGAGUUCACAAAGUAUCUUCAAGACACAUUCGACUGCCCUCUCGUCAUACAGCUGACUGACGACGAGAAAUUCAUGCACUCCAAGAAGUUGAAACUCGAGGAUGUCAAGAAGUUUGCAAUGGAUAAUGCGAAAGACAUUAUCGCCAUUGGAUUCGAUCCAUCCAAGACGUUCAUUUUUAACGACACAGGCGGUAUCAUGGGCACCCCCUUCUUCGACAACGUCGUCUCGAUGGCCAAACGAAUCACCGCAAACCAAAUCUUCGGCACAUUCGGCUUCAACGGUGGCAACAAUGUUGGUGAGAUAUUCUUCUGUGCAAUUCAAUCCGCGACCUCCUUUGCGACAUCAUUCCCCCACAUCUUUGGUGACAAUCCAGCCAAAGUCCGCAGCAUUCCAUGUCUCAUCCCGUGUGCCAUAGACCAAGAUCCUUACUUUCGCCAAUGCCGCGAAAACGCGGAGCAGAUGAAAUACAAGAAACCGUCGCUCAUACACUCUAUCUUCCUUCCAGCACUUCAAGGGCCUGGUUCCAAGAUGUCGGCUAGUAUUGAUGCCUCGGCUAUCUUUUUGACCGACACUCCAAAUCAAAUCAAAAACAAGAUCAACCGUUUUGCCUUCUCUGGAGGUCAGGAUACUGCCGAGAAGCAACGCGAACUGGGCGGAAACACAAAAGUCGACGUGCCAUUCCAAUAUUUGACCUUCUUCUUGGAGGAUGAUGAGGAGCUCGCCCGCAUCAAGAAAGCCUACGAAUCAGGAGAAAUGAUGACUGGAGAGAUCAAGCAGAUUUGCAUCAAGUAUCUGCAAGACUAUGUGGCAUCAUUCCAAGCUCGGAGGAAGGCUGUUACAGAUGAGGUCAGGCAAGACUUUUUCGCUUUCAAGCCGCUUACAUAUCAGGGCAAUCCAAACCCUGUCAAAAAUGAACCUGUGGAUGAGAAGAAGGAAGGCGGAAAAGCGAAAGCGGACAAAGGACACGCAAAGAAGAUGAGCAUCGGACAUCCCAAGCCUGAAAACUAG